AUGGAUGCAGCAGGGUGGAUCCCCACGGCUCUGCACACGGCGGUGCUGGAGGUGGCAGCGCAACUUACUGCACCCCACGCAGCAGGGCCGGGGGUCCCGGCGCCGGGUCCAGCUCCCAGGGGUCAGAAGGGUGGGCGGGGAAAGGGGGCCCCCACUCGCAGUGGGCUACAGAAGGGGAAGAGUAGAAAGGAGCAGCCUGGCACACAGCCCGGCCGUGCCCACUCCCCCAGGGCGGCACUUGGUACCCACUCGCCCCACGCCAUCCAAGGCUCCGUGCUCAGCAACAGCAUCCUUCGCCCCUUACCUCCUCCCCGGCUCACACACCCCGCCCCGAGGUGCUCACCAGCGCCGCAGCGGAGCCAGCUGCCCGCCGGGAUUCCUACGAGCUCGCUGGGACGCGGCCCCCGGAGGAACCUGCCGCUGCGGCCACAGCGCCGUCUGGAUGCAGCCGGGGAGCAGGCGGCGCCGCACCGCCCAGGGUCUGUACCUAGAGGCCGGCUCGGGCCCCGCCCAUGCUCUCCAGCUGUCACCGCCGACCCGCCUCCGGGAGGCGGAGAGCGCCGCUCCCCCACGGUGCCCGCCCCUGCCGCGGCCCCUCCGGUCUCUCCGCGGCCCACCGACUCCCUCUGCCCCGCCGGCCGGGCUGUGCCCGCCUGGGCCCCGGGGAACGGCCGCGGCGGCGGCUCCAGCGGGCGGGCAUCUUCCUGCAAAGGGUGUGUCCCACCUCUUUUUUCAGUAGAGCUGCUUAACUGCCAUAAAACAGGUGGAGUCAGAGGAAUACCUUCAGGAAGUCACAUACUUCAUGUGUAUCCUCGUAAUCUGCCAUCUCACGCCCUGCAACACAUUGUGUUAGCAGGACAUCUGGACAUAAAGGAUCAAGCUUCCAGUGAGCCAAAGAAAAGAAAAGGUGGCUGGCCUAAAGGGAAGAAAAGGAAACCUCCAAAGGAAUUUUCAGCUCCUCAAGCCCCUACAACAGGGUAUGUAAUAUUCUUGAAUGAGCGGAGAAUUAAAACGAAGGCCAAACAUCCAGAUUUGCCUUUUACUGAAAUAACCAAGAUGCUGGCUGCUCAGUGGUCUCAACUUUCUCAAGCAGGAAAGCAAAAAUAUAUUAAAGAAGCAGAAAAGGAUAAGCAAAGAUAUAUGAAAGAAUUGAAAGCCUAUCAAGACUCUGAAGCCUAUCAAGCUUUCUUAGAGAGAAGAGCAGUUCACAAAGUGAAGACCCUGUGUGGAACAGUAUCUUUAGGAAGUAGAUCCGAGAAUGAAGCUCUUGCUUUGUCAACAAUAGAUAGAGAUGAAAGUGAUGACCUGUAUUGUCGGACAUGUAACCAGUUUUUCAGUUCUUUUCAUAACAAGAAAGAACACCUUAUGGGAAAGCAACACUUACAGAAUUUAACAGGGGAGUUUGAGAAAGAAAUGGCUGAAUUCUCUAAACAUCAGAAACUGCAAAAAGAGAAGGAGGAAAAAGAUGAGUCAGAAGAAGAAAUUGACUCUACAGAUGUGUUUCAGUUUGGGGGCCUGACCUCCCAGAAGAACUUUGCUUCAUCUGAUUUUUGUUUUUUGCAGGAGUUUAUCUUCAGACUUCUGAAAUUUAAAGAGUUUGAACUUUGUGAACUGAAAAGAAGUUUGACAAAGGCAUAUGAAGACCAGGAAAGCUUAAAAAAGCAGCUGGAGGAUCUGAAGAAUCAGCAGUUGAAGUUGGAAAUGGAUUUUGCAUCUAUAAAGGCAUAUAGCGGUACUUUAGAAAAAGAGUUUGAAAAUUUAAAUAUGAUUCCAAUGCUGUUCCAGUUUCAUCUGCAAAUAGUGGACACGAAUAAUCUAGAUUGAUGUUCUUUGGUCAAGGACCAUGUCUUUCUGAUUGUUCUGUAAGAUACCCCACUCCAAAACAAUAAUCCAUUCAAAUGGCAUGGUGGCAUCAUCAGAUAAAGUUUCUGAUGGUCCCAAUGAGGCCUGCUGGCAACAUCUAUUACUUGGCACUUAAGAAGAGGCAGAAAGAAGAUGACCCAGAACUGCCAGCUGGAAUAUGCACUGCUGCUUUCAUUUGAAUAACCCACAGAAUGUUCUAUUUUUUUUCUUUUCAGCUUUUGUUUCAAGUGACCACUAUACUUCAUUGUAAUAGAUGCUUCCUGAAUAA